GGAUGGAUGCAGGCACUCAGAUCUUCUUCUCUUAUGUUAUCUGCCAGGGGUGCCUGACAGCCUUGGGCAGCUACAACAAGUACAAUAACAACUGUUACAGGGACUGCUUCAUGCUAUGUUUCCUGAAUAGUGCCACCAGCUUUCUGGCCGGCUUUGCUAUCUUCUCUGUGCUGGGCUUCAUGGCACAAGAACAGGGCGUGCCCAUUUCAGAAGUGGCCGAGUCAGGUCCGGGCCUAGCAUUCAUUGCGUAUCCAAAGGCUGUAACAAUGAUGCCUGUGUCUCCGCUCUGGUCCUGCCUAUUCUUCCUUAUGCUGAUCUUCCUGGGACUGGACAGCCAGGGUGGAAUGUACAUCUUCCAGCUGUUUGAUUAUUAUGCUGCCAGCGGUACGUGCCUACUGGUCCUGACCAUUUUUGAAGUCAUCUGUGUGACUUUCCUAUUUUCACUGAUCAAGUACGCCCCCCUCAAAUACAACAACUGGUACGUGUACCCUCCGUGGGGCUACGCUCUGGGCUGGUUGAUGGCUCUCUCUUCCAUGAUCUGCAUUCCACUCUACGUCAUUUUCAUCCUGCUGAAAACCAGGGGAUCACUAAAGAAGGUAAAAGAAGGUCUAGAACUUCUAGGUCCCAGAUUCAAAUCCAGCCCAGGUCAUCAGUUACUGAAGACUGUGUGA